AUGUGUGUUGCUUCUGAUGCUAUGUGUCACUUCAACUAUGAGCAACGCUAUAUAUCCAAACUGGAUUACUGGAUUACUGAAUUUCUUUCGUUUUCAAGUUCAUCAUCAGCAGACGCUAUAACCAGCAAAUUGGAGAAGUAUAACUGGACUAAUCCUGCAAUGGCUAGACAGACCCUAAGCAUCGCAAAACACAGUGGCCAGUCUACAGGGGAUAUGGGGAAGGAAGAAAAAAAAACGCGAAACACAAUGAAAUUGUUUCUGAACAACUUGAAGGCUAAAAAAAACUAUAUCGAUUAUUUAUGCAAAGUUGCAAUCGAAGAAGGAAUAUAUAGCAAAAAAAACACUGAAAAGAUGAGAGAAAUGUAUUGGGAACAAACAAAAAUAAAAUUACUCCUACGCACAUGUGAUGUUAUUCGAUCCGGACUCCGAAAACCCGGCGAAGAUAGCAAAAUUAAAGGCUAUUUCGGACAAAUAUCUAGAAGACAAAAAACAAGAGCGGCUCAUAAAAUGGAGCUAUAUGGAUACUUUUUAUGAUUACUUUUCUGAGUAA